AAUAUACAGUAAAAGUUAAGCCCUCCUAUAUAGUCGUACUGUGGGUAUAUUAGGAAUGUGUGAACGUGUUUGUGUGUGUAGUUAUUAAAAUUGCGCCAGCCGAUAUUUUUCCUAACCCUCGACUCGAUAAUGUGCUGAUUUUUCAAGCUUCCCAAGGAUCAAUUGUUACCUGGUUAUGAAGUCGUGCUAGCUGUAAGCUCGAGGAUCUUAGCUGUCAGCGCGUGCAACGCAGUUGUCAGGAAUACAAGGACAACAUAACCUCAAUCGUGAUGUUAGGUGUCUCAAUCUUAGCGCGGAGGAACGAUCCGUGUUGCGAGUUUGUUUGUUGUGGUUUCCAAUUUUCACUUGUUAUUCAUUGUUGUGCAAAGUGACAAGUUUACAGUAAACGUAUACAGGGUUUUCGCGCGUGCUGGUUUUUCUUGGCAGUGUUCAGCCUACCUGGUUAACCGAUGACAUUCAAUUGUGUACUAUUAUUACAACUAGACUUGUUUCUAAUUGGUACUUUACUGUAACUGCGAGUAUCUUAACUGUCUGAUGAUGCUGUAGUAAGUCAAUAAAUUACUCUAGUUGUUACUGUCAUAAGUUGUGCUGCAUCUCGGAAUCAUAAGAAUCGGAGGAGCAUUUGAACUUCUUUGUUUACACAACAAUGAAUAUCUUUUCACAAAGUGCUAAUUCCAGUGUAAGUACUUGUAGUUUGAUAGGUAAAUGUUCCAGACAGCACAUAAAUUCUUGAUCAAGCUCUGUGUGCACAAAUUUGUUUAAAAAGCUUACUAUAUUUACAUGUUGUAUUAUAGAGAUGUAACAUGUAACAAUUUCUGGUUCAUAACAGUAAGCAUUAAAUUUUUUUGUACACGUUGUUGAUUUGAAGGUCAAAAUUUUUGUGCAAUGGAGUUUUUUCAAGUAUCUACAACUGCCUUUAACAAAGUCUGAGCGGUAAAAAAACAGAAGUAAUAAAUUCAUAUACAUCUUAGUUAUUAUGCAGCUUGUGAAAGGUACAAUAAAAACAUUUCUCAAUGAAGAUCCUAAAUUCAAAGCAUCCAACCAUGGACAAUAAAUUAAAAUUCUCAGACCGCUUCAAGGUCUUUGUAAAUUCAGACCUGCAAAAAGGUGUUGAUCCAUAUGUAUUCAAUGACACGGAGCAGCCGCUUGUUGUGUCGACAGGCGGCAAAAACAUCAAACUAAUUGCUCCAAAGAAUUCAAAAACACCAAGCACCAACAGAAACAAAUCCAGGGGAAAGGUUUUAAAAACAAAAAUCAAGACAGAGUCCAAUCUGUUGACUGAGAUCAAAACAGAACCAAGAUCAGAUAGUAGUUGUAAUAUGACUAAAAGCCAUUAUGCACCGACCCAGUUGAUCCUUCAAAAGAAAGAAAAGUACAUCAAGUUGCUGCAAAAGUACAAAGAAAAGCGUAUAGAUAGGGACCACACUCUCCAGUACUACCCAAGGGCUGGUGAGGAGUUAUCCGAUAGCGAGUCCAGUAGCGAUGAGCUUCUGACUUAUCAGCACCAUUGGUACUCUGGCACGACGGACUUUUCGUCGACCAGAUCGAGCCGACUGGCUAAUGUGAGGGUACAACUUCAGCGCCAAUUGUACCAGCUUCAAUUCAAGGACGAGGAGCAACAGCAAGCUUUAAAGAAGAAAACUCGUUACCUGCUGCAGGCUGCCUUGCGCGACCCAACAGCUACCGCGAGGAUACUGAGCGGCUCCAAGUCGACGGUCAUAGACGGGCCUUUGAUAGUGGGAAGUCCCUGCGGAGCCGAGGGCUGCCAGCAAACUUCGCUUCCCUGCACUCGACACUGCUCCCGUCACAUCAUGCUUAACAGUGACCAGCUGCUCUUUGAGCACUGCACGGCCAAGUUCAGCGACAACACGCAGUGCUCCGUGCCGGUUUUCGACGUGGCACACGAGUUGCCUCUCUGCCCAGAGCAUGCGAGGAAGCGCGACAACUACCAUCGCAAGUCCCAGGAGUCCAAACCAAAGAAGGCACGCAGCAAAAAGCCGAGCUCUCCCAACAUCGUCUCCUCAGCGCCCACAAUCGCGACGAGCACGACGAGCACGACAGUCACACCUGGUGUGGGUACCGUUGUGGCUUCGGCUGGAGCUGUGUCCGCCGGUGCGGUGAACCCAGCAAAACCCAGCAAAUCCAGAUCUAGACCCAAGAAAAGGAAAAGGCCGCCGUCGACCGGCAAAUUGGAAGUCAAAACGAUCCCUCACCAGCCAAUCGCUGAACAAAUUGUGCCCCCAGUCAUGCCCUCAGUCGUUCCAACGAACCACCAUCACCUGCUACCUGACGAGAAUCACUUUACGAAUCACAUGAUUUCCAACAACGAAUUGACCUCCAAGACUUUGAACAAUCUGAACACUCUCGCUCAAGAAUUGCCCAAUCAGAUGGGGGCUCUGAAUAAUUUGAAUAAUAUGAAUAAUUUGAAUAGCUUGAGUAACUUGAAUAAUCUGAACAACCUCAGUAGCAUGAAUAAUCUGAAUAAUUUGAAUAAUUUAGGCUUGGAUGUUGGAUCUUUGGGACUUGGGGCUGGAUUAAAGGUGGAAUUGGAUGAUCAUGAGGUGUUUGCCUCGCUGGAUCAUGCAACUGAACAUGACUUUGAGAAUGUUCUUAACAGUUUGCCAGCAGAUGCUUUCAAUGACUUAUUCACAGAAGGAAGAAAUGGCGAAUAUGAGCCGUCUCGCGAGGAAGAGGAGGAACUGGAACGUGCCGUCGAAGCAUUUGACAAGGAUGUUAGGAAUAUUGAGCGUAUGGGUGGUACACACGGGCUUUUAGAGCCAAGUCUUCUUGUCCAACUCAUGUCGGAUAUAGCUUCGUAGUCCACGUCGCCUUGCUAAGCAUUAACUGUGCACACGUUCCUUUUCUCUUUUGUUAAAGUGUAUAUUCAAAAUGACAAAUGCUUGUCGAUGCUGGUGCUGUGUAAAUUCACCAUUUUUUAUUUUAUUUUAUUUUUUCUUUAGAUUUCAGCACUAGCUUUUCGACAUUCUUGUAUGAGCGAACCAACACUAUGUUGUUCGACGUUGCAUA